GACUUUCAUGUUUGUAGGCAAGGAAGAUGGAUGGCUCUAUGCCCACCAUGUCGUCCGACCUGGGAGCCCAUAAUAUCGUCCCAGGAAGCACGUCCAGUGCACCUCAGCAACACAUGCCGUCUACGAAUCACAAUUCCACCCCCAAUAUACUUCAAACUGCUGUUGGUCCAGACACGCCACCCGUCAAACGUAGACCUGGGCGUCCCAAAGGGAGCGGCAAAAAACCACCGCUUGACAACGUUGAUCAUUUACCCGACAAAGUAAAACGACCUGUUGGUCGACCCAGGAAAGACGGUUUGCCUGCUGGCUCUGUUGGCCCACGGCGUUCGAACAGGCCACGCAAGAGCCCAGGCAAAGUCAAUCCACCGACUAGUGUCAGUGCUUCGCAGCCUCCGGCAACUCCUGGUCCCGUUCCUUUCCCAGGGGCAUAUUACCCUCAGCAUCCUGGAAUUCCUUCGCAUUGGCAGGCAGGUUUUCCAGUUGGUCCAAUGCAGCCAUCCGUCUCUGCUCCUGCGAUGGGAACGAUGUCAAACGGCAGUGCUCAUCUUGCAUCAUCUGCCCAGCCAAUGUACAAUAUCGAUCCUAGCCUGAAUCGAGAUGAAUGGGCAGAGCUUUUGCGAACUAAACCAAACAUCUUCAUGCAAACUCUGCUUUCAGCGCUAUCCGCCCCAAACCCAAUUUCUACUGCUGGUCCCACAGUCGAAGAAGCUUUCAAGUCUCAUCUUGUCUCCUUGGCUCCCACUGCCACCCAAAAUAAGGAAGCCCAUUCUAUUCCUUCCCUUUAUUCGAUCCUCAAAACAUUCUGGCUACCCUCCUCUCCGUCUUAUUUUUCUCUAACCGCUUCGGCUUCCACAGCUCGCACACCCUCAGAACAUCGGUUCUUAUAUUGGGACCCACAGCCUUUGGUCUUUAACGGUAUUGCUUGUCCCAGUUGUUCUACUCCCUUGGUCAAUCGCGGUCGCAUUCGAUCUGGCCCCAUCAAAGUAUACGAUCUCGAAAAACCAUUCUUUAUUAUUGGCUGCGAGUAUGCUUGCAAGAGCUCUAUGUGCAACGCGAAUACCAAUGCUGAAGGUCGGAGAUUUGCAAGCACAGAUGCCUCGAUCUUACGAGCUCUCCCUGUGAGAUUGAAAGACGAGUUCCCAGCACA